AUAAAUAUUCCACUAGGUUCUGAACUUGUAGUACUACUAUUAAUAACUCCGUCAAAUAACUACUCAAAAGAACCUCUUUAUCUCUCUCGUUUUAUGAUCUCUCUCGUCUAUCUUCCAAAGAAACAAAAAGAAUGAGAAAGAAAGUAAGUAGUAGUGGUGACGAAGGAAACAAUGAGUACAAGAAAGGUUUAUGGACAGUAGAAGAAGACAAGAUCCUCAUGGAUUAUGUCAAAGCUCAUGGCAAAGGCCACUGGAAUCGUAUUGCCAAAAAGACUGGUUUAAAGAGAUGUGGAAAGAGUUGUAGAUUGAGGUGGAUGAAUUAUCUCAGCCCUAAUGUGAAAAGAGGCAAUUUCACCGAGCAAGAAGAGGAUCUUAUCAUUAGGCUCCACAAGUUGCUUGGUAAUAGGUGGUCUUUAAUUGCUAAAAGAGUGCCGGGUCGAACGGAUAAUCAAGUGAAGAACUAUUGGAACACGCAUCUUAGUAAGAAACUCGGGAUCAAAGAUCAGAAAACCAAACAGAGCAAUGGUGAUAUUGUUUAUCAAAUCAAUCUCCCGAAUCCUACCGAAACAUCAGAAGAAACGAAAAUCUCGAAUAUUGGCGCUAACAAUAAUAUUCUCGGGGAUGAAAUUCAAGAAGACCAUCAAGGAAGUAACUACUUGAGUUCACUUUGGGUUCAUGAGGAUGAGUUUGAGCUUAGCACACUCACCAACAUGAUGGAUUUUACUGAUGGACACUGUUUUUGAUGUGUUUCUGCUUUUGUUAUUUUAGUAUUCGUUUAUGCAUGUUUUGUUAUUUUCAAAGCUGAUCAAACACUAAUACAUCAACAGUCUUAGAUUAAAAGUUGUUGAUGUGGUAGUGUAUGAUUGGCUAAGUCUUUUAAUUAGGUGUACUUUCUUGGGUUAACUUAAAUGUAUAUGCUUAGCAACUCUAUCUCUAUGCAUCGAUAAAUGUUUUAAUUGUUUCUUCAUUUUCUUCCAAAGGAAAAUAUUUGGAUU